CGGUCACCCUAUAAGCUAUCGAUAUCUGACAUAUGUAAUGACGGUGCAACAUUCACAAUACGUGUAAUCUCACACAGAGGUUAUUGUACCCGGAAAAUUCUGACUUUUGUCUGCCAAAGAAAAUAAGGUACUUCCCCCCCCCCCCCCCCAAUUUAUAUGGUAUUUAAGAAUCGAUGGAUGGACACAGUCUGUAAUAAUGAGUGAGGGGGAGAACCUGAUCGACGUGAGCGAUCCCAAUUUUUAUCAGAGUUUCAAGACGCCUAUCUUCAAAGCGGCACAAGAGGGCGACCUUCCAAGAAUUCAGGAAUGUCUCCGAUUGUUCUCAAAAGAGGAAGUGAAAUGGCUAGUUUCUCAAGUUGUGGAAAAAACAACGCCGCUGAUUGUUGCCAGUCGAAAUGGCCACCUGGAUGUCGUGAAUUAUUUUCUUGAGAAAUGCAAGGCCGACGUCGAGCAAGUUGGGUCGGUGACGUUUGAUGGGGAGACAAUAGAGGGCGCCCCAGCAUUGUGGUGCGCAGCUGCGGCGGGCCACUUUACAACAGUCCAGAGUUUGAUGCAGCAUGGCGCCAGGGUGAAUCAAACGACAUUCUCCAACUCCACACCACUGCGAGCUGCUUGUUUUGAUGGCCAUUUUGACAUCGUCAAGCAUCUUGUCGAGAAUGGGGCCGACAUUGAACUUGCCAAUCGCCAUGGCCACACAUGCCUGAUGAUAUCCUGCUACAAGGGCCACUAUGAAAUCGCAGAGUUCUUACUGUCACUUCAUGCAGAUGUGAAUCGGAAAAGUAUCCGUGGCAACACAGCAUUGCACGACUGUGCGGAAUCCGGAAGUCUAGAUAUCAUGAAGCUUCUGUUGAAACACAGUGCAGUGAUGGAAGACGAUGCUUAUGGCAUGACGCCAAUCAAAGCAGCAGCAGUUGCCGGCCACACUAACAUCGUGGACUACCUGGUCACGCAUCCAAAUGUUCCGAAAAUAGAGAAGGUUGAAUCUCUAGAAUUGUCGGGCGCAACUGCCGUUGACAAGAAACGAGACAUGCAUCAGGCACUCCGAUACUGGCAGCGUGCACUAGACGAACGAAACAGCGACCCUGCAAACGUAAUCAAAAAGGCACCAAAAAAAGCAAUUCCAGCUUACGAGUGUACCAUUGAAGUCGAUUCAUCAAAAGAUUUAGAAAACUUGGUGGGAGAUCCCGAUGAAAUGCGUAUGCAAGCAUUGCUGAUCCGUGAGAGAAUCUUAGGCCCAACCCACCCUGACACAACCUACUAUAUACGAUACAGAGGAGCUGUUUAUGCAGACUCCGGUAACUUUGAUCGGUGCAUUACGUUAUGGAUGUAUGCUCUGGAUAUGCAACAGCAGGCGCUGGAACCCCUGAAUCCAAUGACACAGAGCAGCUUGCUAUCCUUCGCUGAACUGUUUGCCUACAUGCUGUCUGAACGAAACGGAGAGAGGGUCUGCAACGACCUCCAGUUCAGAACCGUCUCCAUCAUCUACUUGAAGGGAAUCUCUGAGAUCAAACGCGGAAUGGAGGAGACGCCCAUCGGUCCUCAGACAGAGAAGGAUGCUGGCAAUUUCAACCGAGCUCUCUUGAUCAUAAUGCAUCUGAUGUGUCUGAUUGCCAAGCUAGAUGGCACAGAGGAAGAUGAAGAAGAAGUCCGACAGGCCACGUACCAAUUCCUCAAACUCAAACCAUCUGGACUCAAAGGAGCCACGCCCCUGCAUCUAGCAGUUGAUGAUUCCACAUCAUCAGUUGGACGCUAUCCAGUAUGCAAAUUCCCAGACAUCAAAGUUCUUCACUUGCUGCUUGCAUGCGGGGCCAACGUGAACGCAUUUGACGCCCAUGGGAAUAGACCUCUACACAUCGCUGCAAAUGUAUCCUCGGAUAGUCAAGUCAAGCACGAUCGUGGAGACACCCUGAGGAUGCUUCUAGACCAUGGAGCACAUCUAGAUUGUCGGAAUAAAGAUGGCAAAGCUGCCCUUGAUCUGUUGGGAGAUGCCUUGUGUGACAUCUCACCAUUGAACUACACAACCUUGCAGUGUCUUACUGCAAGAGCGGUCAUAAGGCAUAGGCUGAAAUACAUUGGUAUUGUUCCCAAAAGAUUGGAGGAAUUUGUCCAAAUACAUUAGAUGCUACCGAGCCAAAAUUGAACAGUUGUUGUGUUGCAUGAUUAGUGCAAUGUUACAUCAUUGACUUGGAUAAUAGAACUACAUGUACGACGUGUAAAUUUAUCAUUUGAUCUCAAAAUAGAGAUACAUGUAUCUAUUGAUAUCUAUUUCUAAGGCCAAAAAAAAAAAGUCUCCGGUUUCUGGUAUGGAGCUUGC